UCCUUCUCGCUGAAUGGAAAGUAACCAAGUUCGGACUUCAGAAAAAAUGUCCAGUAAAGAAGUGAAAGCUGAGCUGAAAAGUGCCAGGGAAGCCAUUAAAAAUAAAGAGUUUAAAGAGGCUUUGAAGCACUGUAAGGCUGUUCUGAAGCUUGAGAAGAAUAACUAUAAUGCCUGGGUGUUUAUUGGAGUGGCAGCCACAGAACUUCAGCAGCCGGAUCAAGCACAGACUGCAUACAGAAAGGCCUCGGAGCUUGAGCCAGAGCAGCUGCUGGCAUGGCAGGGUUUAGCAAAUCUGUAUGAAAAAAGUGACCAAGCAGAUUUCAAAGCUGAGCUUCCCAAGAUUUACCAGAAACUUAUUACGCUAUAUGAAACCUCAGACAAAGCAAAAUGUUUCGAAGUAAGCAAGAAGUUGGUGGAGGUUUAUCAGUCAGAAGAGAACUAUCUACAGGUGGCCAGAGUAUGGCGAAGGUUAAUCCAGGUGAGAGAGAGUGAGGAAGGGCUGGAGGACGCAGAGCUGCUGGAGCUGUGGAAGGAGAUGACCAGACUCCUGCAGGACACUGUUGAGGACCAGGACAAUGAGACACAGCAGCACCUGAUAUCUGCAUUUGAACGAGCUUUGCAAAUGACCAUAGAUGUGCCCAGUGAAGCCCACAGGAGCCUUUCACAGGAUUACAUUAAAUGUCUUUCAAAGCUUCCUCAUGAGGUGGCCAAGCUAAAGGAAGUUUGUGAUGCUACCCUGUCCCACUAUCCCACACACCCCUACCCUCUAGAGGCCCUCAGUGAGCGCUACAUCCAAACAGGUGACUGCAGUGAGGAAGCUGUUUCCUGUUUCAAUCGCCUCUCAGAACUGGAUCCAAACAACUCAUAUGUUCACUUUGGUCUCGGUAUUAAAGCUUGUCAGGAUAAAAAAUAUGAGGAUGCCAUCAAAAGUAUUGGUCUGGGACUGAAGCGUAUGCGCUCCUCCAUCAUUGGUUGGUAUAAUCUUGCUCUGGCUCAGCUAAAAAUGCAUAAAUAUUCUGACAGUGCCAUAUCUUCCAGUCAAGGACUAAAAUCGAGUGUGGGAAAUGCUGAUGAUUGGACUCAGAAGCUGCUGAGGUUGAAACUAGAAGCUCUUGUGAAGACAGGUCGAGACCAGGAUGCUGAUGAAGCUUUGCAGAUACUUGCACAGAUUUCAGAUACCAAAAAUGACCCAGUGCUUUUGGCAUUAAAAGGAAGAGCUUACUGAAAAGGCCAGAAGGAGGAAGCAUUUCAGGUUUCUGCUGAGCUUUUGAGCUCUCACCCAGGAUCUGUGGAUUCUCUCACUUUGAAAGCACUUCUACAUGUUGCAAAAGAACAGCACAAACAAGCUGAGGAGAGCUUUCAAGAGGCUUUAUCCAGAAGCCCAGAUAAUGGGGAGCUGUUCUUUCUGCUGGGGUCCCUGUAUUGGAACAUGGGUGAAGAAAUACGACGUGACCGCAGCAAAACUCAUACUCAUUUACUCAAGGCAGCUAAACUGGAUCCUUAUCUUGGUUCAGUUUUUCGUCUUCUGGGUCAUUACUAUAGAGAGGUGGCAAAAGACCAGGGCAGAGCCAGAGGCUGCUACAAGAGAGCGUUUGAGCUAGAUCCAACGGAUGCUGAAGCCGGAGCGGCUGCUGUAGAUCUCAGUAUGGAGCAGGGGGACAUGGACUCUGCGCUGACUGUUCUGCAGUCUGUGACAGAGAGAGCUACUCCUGGCUCUGCUAAAUGGGCCUGGAUGAGACGAGGUCUUUACCACCUCAAAAUUGGUCAGCAUCAACAGGCCAUUGCAGAUCUGCAGGCGGCGUUGAGGGCUGAUCCUCAGGACUGGGUCUGUUGGGAAUGUUUAGGCGAAGCUUACCUAAACCGCAGGAGCUUCACGGCUGCCCUGAAAGCUUUUGAUAAAGCCCACAUACUGCAGCCCACCUCCAUCUACAGCCUCUAUCAGACCGCUGCCAUUAAGCAAAUCCUCGGCCGAUUUAAAGAGGCCGCCGCGGAAUACAAGCAAAUCUUAGAGAAGGAGGACUAUGUACCGGCACUGAAAGGUCUUGGUGAAUGCUUGUUAGCUUUGGCUAAAAGUGCACUGGAUGACUAUCUUGAUGGAAGAGCUGUAGAUCUGAUACAAAAUGCCAUCCAUUACCUGUUCAGAGCUGUAAAGCAAAGGCCAGACCUGUCGUGCUUGUGGAAGUUAUUAGGUGAUUCCUGCACUGCCUGCAGAACUGUGUCUCCAAACCGGGCUAAAGUGCUGGUACCCGGAGCUCUGUGUGGAAUGGAUCCAUCCGAUCAGAAGCACAAACUGGACCAGAGACAGCUCCUCACUCUCGGGGAAAGGUGUUUUGGUCGUGCAUUGAAGCUGAUGCCGGAGGCUCCCAGUCUGUGGUUUGACCUGGGUCUGAACUAUUACCAUCAAUCCAGACUGCUCAGCUCUCACUAUCCUGAGGAGGAUCCACAGUCUCUGCUGGAGAAAGCCCUGCAGUGUGUAAAGAAGGCAAUCAUGCUGGACAGUGCAAAUCACACAUACUGGAAUGCCCUCGGGGUGGUAGCCAUGACAAAGGGAAUUGAAAAUUUUGCACUUGCACAACACAGCUUCAUCAAAUCAGUCAAAGCGGAACCAAAUAAUGUGGUAGCGUGGACAAACCUUGGUGCUUUGUAUCUAAAGAAGGGAAAUAUAGAGCUUUCUCAUGAAGCCUUUAAGAUUGCUCAGUCUCUAGAGCCCCUUUAUGUGAAUUGCUGGAUCGGACAGGCUCUCAUUGCUGAGACAGUUGGCAGUUAUGACACAAUGGAUCUUUUCAGACACACCACAGAACUAAGCACUCAUACUGAAGGAGUGAAGGGUUAUGCCUACUGUGUUUGCUCCACACUGCUGGACAGGAGCAAUAGAGACUCGGAGCUCUAUCUCUACAACAUUGUCCAGAUGAACGCCGUUUCUGCUGCUCAAGUGGCUCUGAGCAAGUACACUGAGAGGAUUCAGACAGACCCAGACGCCUUCAUCAUGCUCGGGUACCUGAACACACACCUGCAGCUCAGGAAACAGGCCACUGAGGCUUAUCGCAGAGCUGUUGAGCUGCUUCAGGCAUCCGCUCAUACAGACAAGCUCAGCUUUGCUCUGAGGGGUUACGGACGUGCCCUCAGUGAUGAUGGGCAGUGGGAAGAAGCAGUGCGCAUUUAUUGCUCCACGCCACUAGAGGAGCUGCAUGAUCUCAUUGGGUUGGCGCUUGCCUGUUUUAGAAUCGGUCGCCUUCCAGAGAGCAUUCAGGCCUAUGAGAAAGCCCUUGCAGUUGCGUCAACUGAGAAGGAAAAGGCCUAUAUACUUACAGCACUGGCCCUGAUUCAACACAAGCUGGGCAGCAUGGAUCAUGCCAAAACACUUCUCUUCAAAUGCUCCAUGCUAAAAGAGCCGGUCCAGGAGAGCCUACAGUGUCUGUGUGCUCUGGGCUUGGUUAAUGGGGACAUCACUCUGGCCAGUGCUACACUCACUGAGCUGCUGAAGCUGGGAGAGCCUGCAGGAGGCGCUGUGGAGGAGCGCUGUCUUCUCACCUGCACCCUGCUGGCCCUGCAGGGCAACUUCAGUGGAGUUCACAGAGAGGCUUCCAGAGCUAUACACAGGAACCCAGGAAAUCCAUCACUCUGGGCUCUUCUCUCAAGACUGGUCCCACAAUACUGCCCCAAUAAAGCUGAUGGAGGUGCUGUGGCCGGCAGUGUGGCAUGUCAAGCCAGCUUGACGCUUGGAAAGAGGGCGCUGCUGUACAGUGGAGUGAAUCAACUGGCCUCAGGCCGGCACUCUGGCGAGGACGGAAGACGCAACGCUCUGAAAACAAUCCAGAGAGCCGUGCUGCUCUGCCCAGAUGAUCCUGCUGGGUGGGCAGGGCUAAUGGCUGCCUGUCACACAGAGAACACUGCAUGCUUCCUCACAGGCUCCGCCCCUCGCAGAGAAGAUCUGGAGAGGGCACACAUGGCCCUGGUGUCUGAAAAAGUGAAGGGUCUGCAGGGAGAGGACGGGCUCUUGGCUCAGGCUCUAGAGGGGUGGGUGCUGCAGCAGGCUGUGACUGGACUCAAACUGAGUGGCCAGUAUGACCAGGCGGAGACUCUCUGCUCUCAGGUUCUUAGUGUGUCUCCGGAGCAUCCUGUGGUGUUCCUGAUGUUGAGGCAGGUUCAGUGCGAGCGCCUUCUGCUGUCUGAGGCUGGUAACGGCAUUCCUCCGGCAGUGCUGGAUCAGCUCAGUGCUGCGGUCAUGGCCAAUCACACAUCUGUGUCCGCUUGGCAUUGGUUGGCUGAGGUUUACCGCUCUCAGGGUCUGCUGGCUCAGGCCUCAGUGGCUUAUAAACAGAGUCUUCAGCUGGCCUCUCAGCUUGGGGACCACAGCGGCAAGAUAAGCAGCCUGCUCCGACUUUCACUUUUGGCACUCACACCAUGUUUGGCAGGUGUUGGUGUUUCUGAUUGGAAGGAUCUGGUUUCUGAAGCCACUGGUGAAGUCUUAAAAAUGGGCAAAUCACCAGUCGCUCUACUUUUCCAAGCCUUACUGCAGUUCUCCGUGAAGAUGGGCGCCAGGGAAACCCGUCGCCUGUUGGAAAGGAUUGUUUAUGCUCCAGCCUUAGGUGGAUCUGAAACAAUGGCAUCAGUGGCACGUUGGUACCUCCUGCGCCACCUGCAUGCCAAAGAUGACCUGGAGCUGAUUGAUACUCUGUUGGUGAAGGCAACAGCAGCAGGAGACAACAGACUGGUGGAUUUCCACAGACGCCUCUACCCAUCCAGCUGAGACACUCCACCAUCCUCAGACGUUUCACCAUCAUCUUCCCAAUAAAGUAGCAGCAGUUUACUCACUGAUCAAUGUGUUUACAAAUCGGAAGUCUUUACAUUACCAAGGACAUUUUAAUACAGUGCAUGCAAAUAAUCUCUGCUAAGUGCUGCUCUUUUAAUAGCAGUUUGUCAUCAUUCAAUUAGUCUAUACUUAUUGUAUAGCACUCACAUGGGCGUUGAGACAUAAAACAUGACAUGAAUGAUUCAUGAUUAUUUUUUAUGUGCCUUCCCUUAAGUCACAGACUUUCUUCAUAAUUAGUAACGCCACAGGGCUCGGCUAACUGUAAUCAACUGUAACCGGUAUAUCUAUUAUAUAACUCUUAAAAAGCACUUCUAUCUCUAUUGGAGCACUGCUUCUGAUCCAAAAUCACUAUUUGGCACAUCUGUAAAUGCAGCAGUGGGACGUCUGUUCUUCAGUUUGUCGGUUUGUGGUGGGAAAAGCGAAAAAUUAAAAUGAAUUGCUUUUUAUCUGA